AUGGCCAUCUGUCUUCCUAUUGCGCUUCUCUUUGUCGCUAUUUCAGCUGCGUUGCCAUCUCCAAAUCAUAUCAAUCGGUCUACUCCAUUUUCUCAAUCAAGCAUAUCUCCUUGGGAUACUGGAGCAGUGACACAGUUUGCAAUUCAUUCAAGCUGCAAUGCUACCCAGCGUCGCCAAAUCGAAUUGGGAUUGAGUGAAGCAACCACUCUAGCAAACCAUGCUAGAGAUCAUAUCUUGCGUUGGGGAAACGAAAGCGAGAUCUACAGAAAGUAUUUUGGCGAUAGCCCUUCCAUGAAGCCUGCAGGGUCUUUUGAUGUAGUAAUGAACGGUGACAGAAGGAACGUCUUGUUCCGUUGUGAUAAUCCAGAUGGGAACUGUGAUAUCGAAGGUUACGCAGGACACUGGCGAGGCGAGAACGGGACCGAUGAAACCGUCAUUUGCGACCUCAGUUAUGAAACACGCCGCUCUCUUUCAACAAUGUGUGCAUUAGGCUACACGGUCUCUGAAUAUGAAACCAAUACAUUUUGGGCAUCUGAUCUUCUCCACAGGCUCUAUCAUGUUCCAUCUAUUGGGCAAAAUUAUGUCGAACACUUUGCCGAUGGAUAUGAGGAAGUCAUUGAUUUGGCCGUUGAGAAUGCAGAAUUAUCUACUCAUGACUCUGAAACACUCCAAUAUUUCGCGCUGGAGUCUUACGCAUAUGAUAUUGCCGUGCCAGGAACUGGCUGUCCAGGAAAACAGCAUGAGCAUCACCAGGGUGAUGAAUCUAAUGCGUCAACGGCUACCCAGUCUCCCACAGUGACAUCUGAUGCGCCGGCGACCUGUCAUACGCACGAAGGAGGAGAGCUACACUGUAUUUGA